AUGAAGCUCUCAUCGUUUAUUUUCCAAACUCUAACAGUUCAUUUCAUAUCCAAAAUCGAAGCAGCACCUAUUCCAACAUUACCAUCCACAAUUACGAGCAGAGGUAAUGACAAUAUAACAAGUACCGGAUUGCUUGCCUCAUCUAAUGAUUCAGUUCUUUCAAACUCAAAUAUAAUUGAAAAACAUAUGGGUUUAAGCAAUAUCAAUUUCAAUCUCAACUUACCGGAAUCAAUUAAAUCCAAAGUAGUUAUUGAAUCUACUAAUACUGAUCAUACCCAAAAGAUAAAAAAUAUCUCCAUAUUGUACAAAAGGUCUUUUCCAAACCCAUCUAACCUUUCAAACUUCACAAUAGAGGAAAGAUCAAACACAAAAUCCUGCUCCAUCAAGUUUUUUUCAGAUCCUCUUGUUAUAUUUUUUUUGGUUUCAAUUUAUUCAUAUGCUGCAUUCAUGUUUGGCUGGCUAUUGACUCCAUUUGUUUCCAAGUUUAGUGAUGAUUUGAUUGCAUUAUGGUAUGAAUUAGAUUUGAGUAGGAACUAUUCUUUCAGGGAGAAGUUCAAAAUUACAAUUUUACAUAAGGGAUUCUACAAGUUUUUAGGGGCUGCUACAUUGGCUUAUACUCCAGGUAUACAUGUUUUUCUUAUUCUAGGUGCUUACUAUGGUGUUUGUUUUAUAAUUAAGCUCGUGCAAGGAAAAGCUAUAAAGAAAGCUAGGGAAGAAGCUAAUCCACCAGAUAUUGCACUUGAUUCGUUUCGAAGAUUACCUGAUGGAUCUUUUGUACGUUGUUGA